AUGCGGCCGCCCCUAGCCCGGCGCGCGGCUGUGUCCGCGCCUCCCCAUCCCUCGCAAGAUCGCAGCCAGGUGGAGGGGCACUCUCGCUGCGCGCAGGCGGAAGGCGAGCACUUGGCCGGCGCGGUGGGCCUUUUUGGGUUUUCACGUUGCCCCACCAACAGCCGCCAAAGCCCCCUAACCCAUCCGCCACCCGUCUGCGGGGUCCCGCGGGAGCGUCCUGGUCCGGGCCGCCCCAUUCUCAAAGAAACAGAGGGAGACCGCUGCGAUGGCUGGGGCGGGGGCGGCAAAGACCCUGAAAUGGGGCGCAGCCCCUGGGACGUCGCGCUGUGCGCCGCCGGGACAGUGAUGGCCGGCGAGAACGCGCUGGUGCUGGCCGUGCUCUUCUACGCACCCAGCCUGCGGGCGCCCCCCUUCCUGCUGAUCGGCAGCCUGGCGCUGGCGGACCUGCUGGCUGGGCUGGGACUGGUGGUCAACUUCGGCGUGCGGUACCUGCUGCAGCCGCCCAGCGAGGCGGCGACGCUGAGCGCGGCCGGGCUGCUGCUGGCCGCCUUCUCGGCCUCGGUCUGCAGCCUGCUGGCCAUCACCGUCGACCGCUACCUGUCGCUCUCCAACGCGCUCACCUACCACUCGGAGCGCACGCGGACCUUCACCGCCGCCGCGCUGCUGCUGCUCUGGCUGGCCUGCCUGGCCGUCGGGCUCCUCCCGCUGCUGGGCUGGAACUGCCUGCGCCAGCCCGGCGCCUGCAGCGUCCUGCGGCCCGUCACCAGGGACAACGCCGCCGUGCUGGCCGUGGCCUUCCUGCUCCUCUUCGCCCUCAUGCUGCAGCUCUACGGGCAGAUCUGCCGCAUCGCCUGCCGGCACGCCCAACAGAUCGCCGUCCAGCACCAGUUCAUCGCCAGCGCGCAGGCCACCUCUACGCGCAGGGGACUCUCCACCCUCUCGCUCAUCCUGGGCACCUUCGCCCUCUGCUGGGUGCCCUUCGCCAUCUACUCCCUAGUGGCCGACGCCUCCUACCCGCCCGUCUACACCUACUCCUUGGCCCUGCCGGCCCCCUGCCACUCGCUGCUCACCCCCGUCGUGUACGCCUUCCGCAACCCCGAGAUCCAGAAGUCGCUGUGGCUGGCCUGCUGCGGCUGCAGCCCGGCCGGCCUCUCCUCCCGACCCCGGACGUCCAGCGAC